AUGGACUCCUUCGACCAAACUUUAGAUGCCCUCAAUCCCUGCAUCAACAAGUCGCCGAUAUUCCACCAAUUCACCCAGCUGCCCCUCGAGAUACGCUACCAGAUAUACGAGUCAUACUUCCACUCCAGUCCAGAAUUCGUACCAUGCAAGGGAGGGAAUCAUCCCAGUCAAUCACACAUAGUCCCAUGCAGCCAGCUGCCCAAAGGAUCAUUCCUCCCAUCUCUAUGCUUAGUCGAUCGCAACAUAGGCGAGGAAGCAACAUCCUUCCUCGCCCGCACCGCAAUCUUCGACGUCAAAAUGAAAAGCCUCAUGACUUCAAGAGACAUCUGUCCCGCCGAGAUCUUCACUCGAAACCUCAUUGAAAGCCCUCACCAACAUAUCGGACGCAAGUACAAUGUACGGAGCCGCCAGACGCUCAAGAGUGGUGCUCCAGCGCUUACUUCCUCGCCUCACGGGCCUGCGAGAAUUCAGAUUAGUGUACGUCGCACCAACACAGCAUGUGGCGUGGAUGCCCCCGUCAUCGAUGUAUAUGCCGCUGCAUUUGGAGGAACUGGAUUUGAGUGA